AUGCAAUCUUGUUUUGGAAUGCAUGGCAGUUUAACUAGACGAAACUCGAAGAUGAUCGAAGAAGCGGCGAGAGUAAUCACACAAGAUAAUAUCGAACUGACAACGAACUUCAUUGUGAAAACAGCAUGUGAAAAGGCAGCAGCUGAGCUGGAGAAGCGGCUAGACCCCGAAGCGGCUCGUCGAGCUGCUAUUCGUCGCGAAGGUGCUGAAUGGCACGAUACCACCAUGGAAAAGAUUCAGGCUGAAUUGCCUUCUCGAAUCGCUGUUCAAGUCGGUCCCACUCGUAAAGAGCACCUAGCCAUCUACGAGCAGUUUAGCAGCCGAAUCUGUGGUUUCAAACCGACAAUCAGCGACGAGACGUCGGCAAAUAUGAUGGAGACCGUAAAUAGAGUUAUGUCACUGCCAGAAACUGCCAAAGAAGUGGAACAACUCACUCAGCAGCUGAAUAGUAUCAUCAAAGAAGUGGAUAUAACAAUGCAGGCACAACCAAAUCCAACAAAUAAGGCUUUCCAAGGAGUUGGAGCAAUCCGAGAUCUUUUGUCCCAAUUAGCAUCAAAUCCACGAGAUUCUAUGACGGUUGUGAACUUGAUCACAAGAUCCGUGGAGCACCUCCUACAUGCUUAUCAUGUUGACAGCACGUCGAAAGCUCUUGAUGUUGAAUGGGCGAGACGACUCCGCGACUUGUUUCUGGGUGUAUGCCGUGUAUUGCUGACACAGUUCACCCUAGUGGAUUUGUCGCGACGUAUUACUGGAAGUAUUGUCAAUGUUAGGAUGGAUUAUAAGUGGAAUGUGGAAGCGAUUGAGGUGCUGCUUAAACAUCAGCUGGUACAGAACCAAGUCUUCGAUCAACACUUAGCACAUGUCAUGGAUGGAGGUUCAAAUAUGGAGGCAACGUUGUUUGCGCAGAGGUUUUUCCGCCUUAUUGGGUUCAACGAUGCAGCUAGAGGACCGGUGAUAAAAGAGGUACGGCUAGCUUUUACCCUUCUUAUCAAAUCAUACGGAGCAGACUGGUUAGUCGUUCUAUAUUUUCACGCUUUCCCAGCAACUUAUGAGCAACUCCUCAAGAUCCAGCAAAUGCAAGCCCUUCUACGCCAGCAAGCUGCUGCCGCUGGCAAUGCAGAACCGAAUCUUGACUCUCCUCUAGGACCAGCUGCUAUGGAUGCACUAGUUGCGGCCACGGCAGCACCAGGAAUACCACCAGCAGUUCCGCCAGCAGCCGAAGAGCCUGGAAUGUCUGACAAAGUGGAGAUCAUCUUGAGAGAAUGGAUUGGGCUCUGCUACACACCAAUGGCUCAAAGAAAUCCGAAAGAGGCCUUGUUCCAGAUGAUUGUUAUGAUGCACGAACAUGGAGUGUUGUCUGGUGAUGAGAAGAUCUCUCAGUUCAUACGAAUGUGCACGGAAAUGUGUGUGGAUGUUGCUUUGCGUCUGCUAAAAACUGAUGCAAAUGCUCCGGUUAGCCAGUCGAAUAUCGUGCGACAGAGAUGUUACUACACGUUGGAUGCUUUCGUCAAAUUGAUGGCGCUCAUGAUCAAGUACUCUGAUGGAGGGAGUGCGUCACCAUCAGGCACGUCGAAGAUAGCUCUGCUAAAGAAGGUUUUACACAUCAUCACUAGCGUCCUACAUGUUGACCAUGAAGUCCGAAGGCAUGAAUUCAAUGCCAUGCCAUAUCAUAGAAUUCUUAUCACACUGUUUAUCGAGCUGACCACACCUGACGGCUCGAAUUUGGAAUCGAUUGCGUGGUCUAUCAUUGAGGCUUUUGGACAGAACGCUUUGUUUCUGUUGCAACCUCGCCGAUGUCCAGCGUUUGCCUACGCUUGGCUAGACUUUGUUGGCCACAGGGCAGUGAUUGGAGCUCUUCUUGGAGGUAAUGGCUUUGCUGAAAAUGUUGAUCCAAUGAAGACGUCAGCUAUGUACACACAGUUACUAAUAUGUCAUCUCAAAUUUCUCGCACCAUUCUUAAGAAAUAUUCAUUUGCCGAAAUCGAUUGCAGUGUUGUACAAAGGAACACUCAGUUGGAUUUUCUCAUGGAAAGGGUUUGCAAACCAAACUUUCAAUUCAAACCGUACUGCUUCUUAUUUGAUACCACAUCAUAAAAGGCCGAUAAAUGUUGGACAUUUGACCGCUUGCGUUUUUUUUGUGCCAAUGCAAGUGGACAGUAUCCCAGAAAUGGCGAUCGAGCCAAAAUCAAACUUGAAUAUGGCUUCAAUCAUCCCAGAUUCUAUCAGACUCCCCUUGGAUGCGUACCUGAGGACAAGAUCUGCCGUUGAUUUCUUGUCAGCAUUGCCUGGAAUGCUCCAGAUAUCUGACAAUCCUGGCUCGAAAUAUAACAGCACUGUGAUGAAUGCGAUGGUGUUGUACGUUGGAAUGAAGGCUAUUGAAAGCCUGCAUGAGCGUCGCCAACGCAUUUCAAUUUGCACGAUUGCACAUACAGCAUUCAUGGACAUCUUCCAGAAUCUAGCGGUGCAAUUAUGUACUGAAGGUCGCUAUCUACUCUUCAACGCGAUUGCCAAUCAACUGCGAUAUCCGAAUGCGCAUACGCAUUAUUUCAGUUGUGUGUUCCUAUUUUUGUUCUUGAAUUCGGAUCACGAUGCGAUUCAG